AUGUUAUCCAGGCGUAACGGACUAUCAAACAUUUUACGACGGUGUUAUGCAGCAGGAUCUGCACAGAAAGCACCGAAAGAAACACCUGCGUCAAAUGUCGAUGAAUUACGUUUAACUUUUGCAUCACCUACCGAAGUUUUCUUCAAUGAUACUGUCGUGAAACAGGUUGAUGUCUCAACCUUAAGUGGUUCAGUUGGUAUUCUCCCAAGGCAUGUACCAGUAAUAGGAAUGUUAAAGCCUGGAGUUGUUCGAAUUACGGACAAAGAUGACAAGAGCAUAAAGUAUUUCGCUUCUUCUGGUUCAGUUUCAAUGAAUCCUGAUGGUUCCUGUCAAAUUCUGGCCGAAGAAGUAAUUCAACUUGAAGACAUCGAUUUGGCGAAAGCAGAAGAGGAAUUGCGCUCUGCUCAGCGACGUGCUUCCGAACCAUUGGAAGGUGAGGCUCAAGCUGCGGUGCACGUAGAGAUAGAAACGUAUGAGGCACUAGUAAAAGCUGCUCACGACUCCAAUAAAUAA